CACCCGAACUAUCCCGAAAAUGCCACUUGUGUCCUAUUGUUUCCAAUACUCCAUCUGUGUCCUGAACUAUUAUUCCGUUAGUGUUGACCGGCGUUGACCGUUAGUAUUUAACAGAAAAUCUAGUCAGCAUUGACAUGGCAUCUGACGUGGAAUUUUCAUUAUCAAUUUUUAUUUAUUUUUCCAUCUAAAAUAAAAUAAAAUAAAAACAAGGACAAGCACGCUAAGGCCUACAACAAUGCCUUAGAGGAGAGAAGGAGAAGCGGUUCUAGAUCUUCAAGGACAACCUCCGUUUAUCGACAGCCACAACUCCAUGAACCACACCUACACCGUCAUACUCAACAAGUUCGCCGAUCUCACCAACGACGAGUACCACUCCAAGUACCUCAGAGUCCGUCUAGAUCAGGGGAAGCCGCUGCGCGAGUCCAGGCCUUCCGAUCGGUACGCGCCGCGCGUCGGCGAGUCACUCCCUGAUUCAAUCGAUUGGAGGACGAAAGGUGUCGUUGCCGAAGUCAAGGACCAAGGCGGCUGCGGUAAGUCGGAGGUUUCAGAUCCAAGCUUUUCUUUGCUAUUUUGCUUGAAUCAAUCCCCGUCGGUUUCUUCUUAUCUAGACCGAUUUGAACUAAAUUGGACAAUCGAUUUGAAAUCCCAGCCACCGUCGAUCCUGGUCGCCACCACCUCCUAACCCUCUGUUCUGCUUCCCGUACCCAAAAACACGGUGGAUUUCAUCCAAAUCCCAGCCACUGUGGGCUCUGUACAGAGAAAUACCCUCCGCCUCCUUACUGAAACCAUCUGCCCUCGUCAUAUCUUUCAUCCUUUUCCUUACCCUUUUCUCUCUUUACAGCUGAAUUCGCCCGGAAUCUGGCCUUGGUUGCUUCUUCUUGGUCUUCAACACUGCUCAAUGGAGGUAUGUGGGAAGGUGACAGUUGCCAGAAUCUGGGUUUGCUGUCCUUCCCCAUUUUUUUAAUUUUAAGAUAUGAUGAUGGAGUCUUUUGACCAAGAGUGAUUAGAUGGCGAAGAAGAAAGAAGAAUAUGUUUG